CAGAGAUCCCGGCAAACAACAGUAAUAUCGAGCAAUGCCCCCCUCAACUCCAAACCCACGAAAGAGAGGAGCAGCUGCAAUGCCGAUUUCUGGGCCCGAACGAAAACGAGCCAAACUUCAGGAUGCCCGAACCAUUGCUGUUCAAAACACUGAACAAGCGUUAAAGACAGGCGAACUGGAUGUCCCCGCGUUCAUCAAAUCCCGAGAAUUUGAAAUUGAAGCGCUACAGAAUGCCAUGAAAGCAUCUAAGGAGUCCAGUAACAAACGUGCAUUUCAAAUCGUUCCCAGAGACAUGCGACGUCGAACGGCGAGUCACAAUGUCAAGCGUGUGCCCAAGCGUCUGCGGCCCAGGGCCACCAGGGAAAUGCAAAGCGACAACACCCCUACGGUUUCUGCUCGUCGAAGAAGGCCUUCUGGAUGGCUAAGGUUCCGGAAAGAGACGGCUCGGAAACUACAAACUAUGGCGAAGAAGAAGGACAUCACUGCUCAUAUAUCGGCGAAGAUUUCGCGCAGCAGGAGGACGGAAAAUGUUUUACGGCAGCCCCCGAGGGCACAGACUAAGUUCCGGAAGAGACAAAAGCAUAAAACAUGGCUUCCAACUCAUGUUUGGCAUGCGAAAAGGGCAAAGAUGAUUGUUCGGUGGAGGUUUGCUGUUGCGGAGACACCAACGGAUAAGAGCUAUAGAGUUGCGCAUAGGGCUAGUGGGAUGAGAGGAUGUAUUGCUUGGGAUGAGAGCUACUUUUCAACCAUCAUGCUGCGAGGGAAGGAGCGGGAUGUCAAGGAAGUUAUGAAAGCUUUGUGUCCUAGAGACGGAAAUCUUAUGAGCAGUAAGGUUAUUGCAGGAACUAGGGCCUCCGAUACAUUUAUCUAUAGAGCUGGUAGAUAUCCGUUGGACCUGAUAGCUCCGGUUAAGGUUAUUUGGUGCGUUCCGGAAGACCCAGAAGCUCCUCAGGAAGAGCGCAUAAGGAAACUACUUAUUAGGGUUCAUCCAUCUGCCUUCUUAGAGCUAUGGGAGGAGCUUCUUCCAACAGCGAAACCCCUCAAGGUCACUGUGGAAGAUCUCCGAUUUGAGAUUGGAAGCAUUGAGAUUACCGGCCCUGACGCUACAAAUUCUCUCCUGGCAGUCCUCAAUCCAUUUGAUGCAACGGAUGGGGAUUCUCCUUCAGGAAUAUGGAAGAAUCUGAGGGGGCUCACAAACCCCUCCUUCCUUCCCUUAGGCGCUUGUCUAUCUUUCGAUGUAAUUGAUCCAAGACUUCGAGAUCCCCCCCGCCUACCGGAAGAUAAACGGAAGUUUGAAGAAGUACAAGAGACAAUUUUUAGAGUUACUUCCACCUGGUCAAUCGACAGAACACAACCCCCGUCAUCCCUAUUCUCGAGGGAAGCCAGAGCUGUUGCUGUCAAGUCACAAUCGUCACAAAAGAAGAUUAACAAGAGAAAGGGGGAAGCCGUUCCGGGAGAAUAUCCAUCGCCCCUCCCUACAGAUCCUAGGAUUCCAAUUGUGCUUUUAGCCACCCGCCGCUCAUCUGCUGAGAAAGGAGUUUCGGGAGCUAUUGGAUCUUGGACAAUUUUAUUACCAUGGAAGUGGGUGCAACCGGUAUGGUAUGGUAUUGUGCACUCUGGCUCAAGCGUCAAGUUUGGCGGUUUAGACGAAUCGCGGCAGAUCAACUACGAAAACUCUAACAGGCAUUUUCCAGAUGAUUUUCCCGGAACAAAGGCUGGGAUCGUGGAGGAGCUUAGGAAAGGGGUAGAAAGGAAGGAGUGGUGGGAUAAGCGGCCAAAGGGGAAGAAGGUAGUGUGGGGUAGUGUGAAUAUUGGAAAUAAGAAGGGAGAGGUUGGAGAUGGGUUUGUGUGUGAUUGGGCAUACUUGCUGAAGGGGAAGAAGAUUGAUACUACUCAGGGCAACGACUCGAUCGAGUUAUCUACGGAUACUAUCGAGUCCACAGAAGACAUAGCCCCCACUGGAACUACAGCGUUCAUGAGCUCGACAGAGUCCACGGGGGCCACGAUAUCUAUGCCAGCUGUGGAGUCCAAUGUUUCGAUAGAAAAAUCAGAACACCCACAAAAGAUGAUGUCUUCAAUGGAUAUCGACAAACCCCCUCCAAACCUACCAGUAGUAUCUCUCAGUACCCCAACCCUAUUCACCGGCACUACCACAACAACUGCCAUAUCCCCCCCGAAGCCAACACCCCAACAAACACAUCCAUGGACGAUCCCAUCCAGCAUGAUCCGCUACAUCCUUGCAGUCCCCAAUUCACCACUGCCAAAACCCCUAGCUACCCUUCACCCCAAGAUCCUAUCGGCGGGCGUUUUCUCGAUAAAACUUGUCCUCCCACAACGCAGCACGCCUAUGCCCCGAACGCGCAUAUACUCCCUCCCCACCAACAACCCUACUUUAAAGGCGAAGUGGAAAGCGGUAAUGUCUCGGAAAUCACAAGGCAAACGUCCCGGAAAAGCGACCGAACUUCCCGAUGUGCCUGACGAGGAAGACUUGAUUGGGUUUGUAACAACGGGGGAUUUCAACCUUAAGGAAGGGAGGGGGACAGGUGUCGGGGCGCUCUCAUGGCAAAAGGUGUUUGGUAGGAGGGAGAAACUAGGCGAGGUGGUUGAGAAGGCUUGUAUUGUUAGAGAUGUCGGAAGCGGUAUUGGGAGGCUGGCUUAUUGGGAAGUUAUUGAUUAG